GCUAUUUAUUCAACAGGUCAUCCUACUAGCGCUCACUUGUUACAUUAUUGCGGCGCUGCAGACUCAUCAAUAACUCAGAGCUAUAUGAUAAAGAUGCCAAGGUCGUUUCUGGUGAAAAAACAUCUCACUAAUAAGAAGCCAAACUAUGGAAUUCUGGAUUCAAAAGCAGACGAUCUCUACACCAGCCUGGUCCAGCCUGAGGUASCCUGUUACAYCCCCAGCACUCCUCAGCCCCUGGAGGGUUGGCUGCCAGGGCCAAGUCUCAUCCCCACACCAGCCUCCAUGCACUUUCCACAGGUAGACAGGCUGCCUUCAAGGGACACCAGCUUGUCCCUGCAUAGCUCAACACAGGAAAUCACCUACCCCCUGUCAGUGUCUCACAWCAAUCCACUAAGAGACUCACAGUCCGGACUUAAGUCCCUGGGAWCCAUGGAACCCCAGACCUUCCUGCUCUCACAGGACUUCAGACACCUGGAGGAGAGGGGCAGCAUGCCUAAUCCCCUCCUGGGCCUUGUCCACUCUGGUGUUAGUCAGGAGCGCUUUGAAUGCUUUGACUGCCACAAAGCCUACUUCACCUUCUCUGGGCUGGCCAAGCACAGGCAGUUGCACUGUGAGUGGCAGUGUCACAAGUACUUCAGCUGCAAGUACUGUGACAAGGAGUAUGUGAGCCUGGGAGCUCUGAAGAUGCACAUCCGAACACACACACUGCCCUGCGUCUGCAAACUCUGUGGGAAGGCCUUCUCCAGGCCUUGGCUGCUCCAGGGACACAUUCGCACACAUACAGGUGAGAAGCCCUUCUCCUGCCCACACUGCAGCCGGGCGUUUGCUGACCGCUCCAACCUCCGAGCACACCUACAGACACACUCUGACAUCAAGAAAUACCAGUGCAAGAGUUGCUCCAAAACCUUCUCCAGGAUAUCUCUGCUCUCCAAGCAUGAAGAGUCUGGCUGCUGCCCACAGUCCUGAUGCCAUUUACUGCCUGUGCUGCCCACUCUGAACCUGUUGCCUACUUGCCUAGGCUAUGUCUGGUUCUACUAACAUCAGACUGCUGUGCCCUCACAAAGCACUGGAGAUAGACUGCUAUUAAUGACACGGAGCUCUGACUGCUGUAUGUUUUUGGUCUCUGACAUUUCAAGCUCAUGAAAUAAGCACAACGGACUUUGUCCAAAGACAUUCUUAUGUCAUAUAUUUGAUAUAUGAAGUAGUUGUUUGACAAAAAAAAAGAGAAGUUAUCGCAUGCUGCCAAAAAUACUUGAAAUUUAAGAGCCUUGAAGUUUUUGAUUGUGUUAUUGAUGAUUACCUGUGCCUUUUGAGGAAAUGUAUAGCUGGAGUAUACAAUUUUGUAUGAACUUUGUUUGUUUAAAAACAAUAAAUAYCUACUUUUGUACAAUAUGCCUAAAUAUGAAAACAUGCAUGAUCAUGGGAGACAUGAACCACUGAGAUGAAAGCACAAGCCCUUGUCUAAGUCAAGAAAUAUUGAAGAAACCCAMUUUUCUAAAAUCAAAACAAAGACUGAGUGACUGCUGAAGAGUACACAAGUAGAGUAUUAGAACUAAAUGUUAGCGCUUUCCUAUCAGUGACCCGGCACGUUCCUACUUUACGACCAUUUCUUGGCAUUGUGAGAUCACUGGCAUACUGUAAAUAUCAUCAUGGGCACACAGGAAACUGGAGAAUAAAGCAAUUAGGAUAAACAGAUAGUGUGGGUGACAUUCUGGAAGUGU